UCGAGUUUCAGGUUUUACUUUCACCUCUGUAAAGAAGGCGAGGGGGGGAAAUGGUGGAGCUCUGGCUGGCUUUUACAUAAACAGGACACACCUGUCAGGCUAGUUACUGUAAUCAAUAACUAGAAAACGGCAAAUUGAUGUGACUUGUUAGAUUUCCAACAUGUCUGAAGAGAACAGUCAGCUGCCUACAGAACCCAUCUCUGCAGUUGGAAUCAUCACUUCAAUCAGUAAGGCUCCAAAUGGAUACUACGUUGUUGCACAAACAACAGAUGGCUCUGACGCCGACCUGUGGAAGGACGGCUUAUUCAAAUCCAAGGUCACCCGCUACCUCUGUUUCUCCAGAGAAACUGACCCUGAAGUUGUUGUGGAUAUUAAGCUGAUGGACGCCAAGGAUGCAUUACCAGAGUUCUUCACACCUUUGCAAGAAACAAUGGACACAAAGGAACCUAGCUUGAGAAAAAAGAGGCUCUGUGUGAAAAUGAGACCCCGUGAGGCUGCCGAGACAGCUGUAUGUGACAUCCUGAUUACUGCAAAGUCCAAAUACCAACUUGUUAACUACACCUGUAUAGGUGACAUAAACAAUAUGGGAAUAUGGUAUCGGAUGGGGAAUGUUCCUCGGCAUCAGUCAUCUCAGGAAACCCCAAGCGAAAUUCAAACUGACACCUCACUCACAGUAAGCAGGAGAGCCAUGAGCAGGCCAGACCAUGAGCAACAGAGCAGUGGGAAUUAUACCAUGACAGCUCUGGAUGAUGUGCCCUUUGUGGUCUCCGAGAAGUUUUAUGAAAACCGUCUGGAGAUGGAGCAAGUCAAUUUAAUGGGCAUUACGAUCAAAUCCCUGGCAGAGAUCGAGGAGGAAUUUCAAUACAACUUCGGCACAGAGCGAAGCAUUGUUCAGUAACUGCCCAGCCAGCCCUCAUCAGUGAUGUCAACCAAAACAGUACCGAUGGAAGAAGAGGAUUCUUUUCUGAAGCUAAUUAAAUGAUUAAAUAAAAGUGGAAACUUGGGACCCCCAUGUGAUGAUUUAUAUAUUGCAAUUUUAUAUAGAAAAACUACUUUGUUGAUUGAUUGAUUCUAUUUAAGUGAUUCAACACUUGAAUUGAUUGAUUGAUACUAUUUAAGUAAUUCAAGACUUGAAUUGAUUGAUUGAUACUAUUUAAGUAAUUCAACACUUGUAAUAUUUGUUACAAUCUACUUUGCAAAUUGCAUUUUUGUAAAUGUAUGUACAGGCAUCUAAAAAGAUAUUUCUGUAAUUUUUUGGUUUCACAUUAUCUUACUCAGAUAGUCUCACAGGAAGUGAUUCAGAAGAUGCUCAAAAUAAAUUAAACUUGCUCAUAUUCCAAAACAAAUGUGUUUAUGGGAGUUUGUUAGCAGUGACUCAUAUUUUGUUUCUUCAUCAUGUCUGUUAACUGUGAGAGGAAGUCAGAGAGGACAGUUGGGAACUGAGUGCAGCUUGUUGACACUUAAGCAGCCUCCCUUUCCAGUAGAAGCAUCUUUCCACCAGGAAGUUCAUCAUGAGUUACAUGCAGCAAGAGUUAGCAGAGCUUUGAGACACGGGGACACUUACCCAGGACAUUCACCCACGUAACCAAUAUCUUCUACUGAGUCAGCUCUCGGAGUACAGGACAAUAUUCCACUACAGCUGUGGCAUGUGUUUACACAAUCUGCAGCGUCAUAUCACAAGAGACAAUGAUUCUGGAAAGGUGAAAUACUUGUUUUUUUUUUAAUUUUCUGGCUAGUGGUCUUUGUGGAAUGGGUUUCUGAAUAUCCAAAAAUACCAGAGCAUCUCUGUUUAUAAUUUUUUCUGUUUAAAUAAGCUAAACACUUCAUUGAUUUAAUCAAAUGAAGAAUUUAGAUUUUCAUAUAAGAACUACCUUCUCAUGUCAAUUACAUUAAUGUGUUUUUAAUUAGGCACUCCUACUUUUACUCCUAUUGUAAGUAUUCUAUCAGUGUUUUUUUAAUUGUAUCUUUUUUUAUUUAUUUGUUUAUUUUUUAUUUUUUGUUUUCACCAAAAUUCCUAAUGGAUUUUGAUGCUUACAGGUGUUUAGUGAAGUGUAGAGCAGAUGACAACCCUCCAUGAGCAUUUGUUCCUCUGCUGUGCUGCUAAACUCAGAGUGAUGGUGGGAGGAAUUCUCCGCAGAGGUAACAGCUUCACGCUCCUUCAUGAAGGUGACACUCAUGUCAGUGAUGCCCUGAAGCACAGUGACACGUUUUAAUCCUCCUCCUCCUGCUGUUUACACACUGAUUGUAGACAGUAUGCCACUAAAAUUCUCACAUACUGUAAACUCUUCAUCCAAAAUGUCAAGCUGCACCAACUUCUCAUUCCUCAUGGUAGUAAGCUGUUUGUGAAAGGAAUAAAAUGUAAUAAAU